CUGACUACAACACUUCCGGGCGCGGCUUCUCUUCCGCCAGCUGGGGCGAGUUCCAGGCUGAGCCCGGAUGCUGAGGGUGCUGCGUGGCCUGCGGGGCGUGGCGGUGCACGCAUCUUGGUCUGCGUGGACGAGCACCUCCGGUCAAGUCUGUCACCCGUGCCUUCCCAGCACAGCGACUGCAGAUGAGGGAGUCCCCGAGUUGAGUGUCCCAGCGAUGGCUACUCCCUGGAGGUGCGCCCUGUUGAUGAUCCUGGCAUCCCAGGUGGUGAUCCUGGUAAAAUGUUUGGAAGACGACGACGUCCCUGAGGAGUGGCUCCUUCUGCAUGUGGUCCAGGGCCAAAUAGGAGCCGGGAAUUACAGCUACUUGCGGUUGAACCACGAGGGUAAAAUUAUUCUCAGGAUGCAGAGCCUGAGAGGGGAUGCGGACCUGUAUGUGUCCGACAGCACUCCGCACCCAAGCUUCGACGAGUAUGAGCUGCAGUCUGUCACUUGCGGCCAGGACGUAGUCUCUAUACCAGCACACUUCCAGCGACCGGUCGGGAUAGGAAUUUAUGGACACCCUUCUCACCAUGAGAGCGACUUUGAGAUGAGGGUAUACUAUGACAGAACUGUGGAUCAGUACCCAUUCGGAGAGGCUGCCUAUGCCGCUGACCAAACAGGAACCAGUCAGAAGCAAGCUUACACUCCAGAGGAGGCAGCCCAAGAAGAGGAGUCAGUCCUCUGGACGAUAUUGAUUAGCAUUUUGAAAUUGGUGCUUGAAAUUCUCUUCUGAUCCCUUGAAUAUGCGCUGGAGCACAAACCCUUAUUUGCACGGAUCGAUUACAGUUUGCUGUGAACCUUGCUACUUGACCUGGUGAAAUUCUGGUUACUUUUUUCUAGACUAGGAUGGAAAAAUAAAGCCAUACAGUUUUGUUACCUCAGUUUACUCCCCAAGCAGGAAAAGCAGCAAGCACAAUAUUUUAGAAAUUAAAAUUCCUAUAACAAGGAAUCUGCUCAAUAAAAUGUUUAAAUACAUUUUGGUUAGUCAGGUGAGUAAAAAGAUUACAGUAACAGGCUGUAUAAAUCAGAUUAAACUUUCCUGCUAGUGCAAAAGUUAAAAGGCUGAUGACUGUAGAAUUUAUUCUAUAGACAUUCUAAGUGAAGUACUGCACUUCAAGUUUUAAAGAGGUACUAAAGCCAGGUCGGAAAUGCAGUGAGACCUUCGCUCUUCCCAGAGCCUCUGCACAGUAGGGAUAUGGCACCUGGUAUCUAAGCAAGAUUUCCUGGCAGCAAGUAUUUACAGACUGUUUGUAGCUGUGCAGUAAUGACGAUUCCAAAUCCAGUUGUACUAGAUCUUGGGCCAUUUGCCCUUUCCUCUGCUUAGCCAGAUUGGAGCCCUCUAGUUAUUAGGUAACUAUGAUCCUACCUAAUCAGGUCAAGACAGAGUCAUAACAAGUGGUAACUUUGUUAUAUUCAAGAAGAAAUAUUUCAAAUUGAGUUGCUACCUCUUUCUGCUGAUCUCUGGAAAAAGACAACACUAAGAAAUUAAUGUCUGGGGAAAUGAGCCAUUUCUCUGACUUUCUUUCAAGGGUAGAAGUUGCUAAUAAAGAAAUAAAUCAACUGGAUGUUUAAGGUCAUAGUUAAUUUCAAAAAAAGUUCUUUAUUGGCAUAAAAAUGAAAGUGUUGUAAAUAAAUUGGCACCAAAUAUCCCAAACACGAGGGUCAAAGCCUAUUUACCCCUCUUUGCUGUUUUUCCCCCUUCUGCCCACUUUCCUGGGUGUUGGGGGAGCUCGCUGACAACAGUCACAAAUCCAGCGACCUAGGAGAAAAAUUGUUAGUUAAUAUAGAGUGGACUUUUAUUUUUAUAGGACUGAGUACAAACCAUCUAAACUCAUUCCUGAGCUAUCUGUAGUGAUAACUCCCUGGGAGUUUUCAGUGGGAGGGAGUAGUGACUGGUUCCUUAAGUCAAGGAAGAAAAUGUAAACAACCCUUAAUCAGUGUGAACUUUAGUGCAUGGCCAAAAAAAAAAAAAA